UGUUAAAACAAUUCAUAACUGCCUUGAAUUAGAUUACAGACAAGCUUAAAUGUACUUCCGCACGGAACAGAUGAAGGUAAUAUAUCUAACUACACGCCAGUACUGACGAGGUAACAAUUCACAUUAAUUGCUCCAAGAAUUCAAAGGCACCGUUUCUGUCCACCACCUCCUGACAGAAUUUCCACGCUGCCGUCUGGAGAAACAAAGGAAAACAUUAAUUAUUCCGCCGUACUUGUUUUAUUCAGACGUUUAGUUUCAUGGCUCACAAUUCAGCGCGACAGAAGAUCCGCUCCCAGGAUAGCCGUACGCAACAAGAAAUCGAUCGCCAACACACCCUAUUGGCUGCGGACCUUGAUAAAAGAACUUUAAAAGGCAACGCUAAAGUAGAAGACUGGAGACAUCAUAAAGAGUUCACAGGCCUGACGAAGAAGGAGAAAAGAGAAAAAUUCCAGAUUCGACAGCAGCGUAAUGAAAUUUUGGAUGACUUGAAGAAGGUUCGCCGCAGUUAUACGGGACAUUACGACGCGUCCAAAUCACCGAUAGAGAAUAUUCAGAGUGCUCUGAAACAGCAGUGCUUAACACCGCUUAGAAGCUCAAGACUAGAUGUUCCCAAUGCAAAUCCAAUAAGAAAAGCUAGAUCAAUGGAGUCUUUGCCUGUUGUUAAGCCAACAAAAUUGGCAUCUGGAGGAAGCGAAAUUCAUAAACGAGCCAAGAGUGUACAUUUGGCGAAGAAACCAGUGAGCCCAAGGCUACCAAAGUAAAAACCUUGUGCGACCACCUGAAACCAACUCGGUAUUGAUAAAAGCAAGAAGGCACGGGAAUAACUACAUUAUAUUUAGAGAGAAACUGGGAGAGGAAAUCGAAUCUGAAAAAGCUAGUGGACAUUGAGUUUGAUGCAACAAUGACAACAAUGUGAAUGUUGUUAGCCAAAUAAUAUGCAAUUUUGCUUGCUCUUUGAUCGCUAAUUGAAGGUAAUCUUCAUUUGAAGUACAAAAAACCUUCAUUACCGUCGAGACGUGAUUAAAUUGGUAAUUUUGUGCCUGGAAUAGGUGAGAAAAGGGAUAACGCCAUUUGUGAUUUGUCAGGCUAUAGAAAGUAUUUGCAAAUAGUGUAAGUAAACUCAGAACCUAAUUGCCUUGGUAAUAAAACUGAGCUGACUGCUA